AUGCAUAAUGCAUUUCUAAAUGGCCAUCUAGAUGAGACUGUGUACAUGAAGCAGCCACCAGGGUAUGAGGAUUCCUCGCAUCCCGACUAUGUUUGUCACCUUCAGCGCUCACUUUACGGCCUCAAACAAGCCCCUAGAGCUUGGUUCAAGAGGCUACAUGAUUUUUUGAUUUCUACAGGUUUUCUGCCGUCGAAAAUUGAUGUGUCACUCUUUCACUACACGGCCGGGGAUUCACGGGUUUUCUUGCUUGUCUACGUAGACGACAUCAUUAUGAUGGGGAAUGAUACGUCAUUACUGGACAUGAUGCUACGCCGUCUUUCCACCACUUUCAAAAUUCGGGAUCUCGGACCUCCGGGGUUCUUCUUGAGCAUUGAAACUCUGGCUCUAGACGGUGGUUAUCUUCUUUCACAGAAGCGAUACAUGGUUGAUAUCCUAAAACGAGCCGGUAUGACAGACUGCAAGCCGCUCAUGACCCCAGCUGCGGUCUCUCAUGUUACCACUUCCGUGUCACAGCCGUUUGACAACCCAACUCAGUAUCGGCGCAUUGUUGGGGCCCUACAGUAUCUCACUAUCACACGUCCGGAUCUGUCUUUUGCUGUGAACCGGCUUUGUCAGUAUAUGCAUUCCCCUACGGAUGAUCACUGGGGUCUUGUGAAGCGGGUCCUGCGAUAUGUAAAGGGGACUCUUCACUAUGGUUUACGUCUAACUCCUUUUGCUUCCUCGGCAAUUCAUGCCUUUUUCGACUCCGACUGGGCUAGCUGCCCACUCGACAGGAAGAGCACCAGCGGCUAUGCAGUCUUCCACGGCAGUAACCUCAUUUCCUGGCUCUCUCGGAAGCAGCGCACAGUGGCACGCUCAUCAACUGAGGCGGAAUACAAAGCCUUAGCAGAUGUCUCGGCUGAGGUUACAUGGGUUGUUUCUCUCCUUCGGGAGCUUGGGUUGCAUUCUGGACAACCACCGACUCUGUGGUGUGACAACCUCGGUGCCACCUAUUUAUGUGCCAACCCAGUUUUUCACGCCAGGACCAAGCACGUUGAGAUCGAUUUCCAUUUUGUACGCGACAAGGUUGCUUCUGGUGAGUUUGUUGUUAACUUUGUCUCCACCAAGGACCAGCUUGCAGACAUCUUUACAAAACCACUUCCCAGACCACGGUUUACAGCUCUGCGCACCAAGCUCAAUGUAGUUGCACACCCACCUUGA